GAGACAUCCGGUCUCUUCUGGAACAGUGGAUACUUUCUAACGACCUUUUCAGUUCAUGGUGUUGUUCAAAACAGUGAGUGAACAGGUGAAAGUGUGAGGUUUGUUAAACCGCCAGCAGGUCAUUUACUCCGAAUCACAGGAUCAGCGCAUGAGCUCGUGUGAAGCGCAGUGAUCAUGGUGCUGAAAUCAGAGGAUGAAAUCGUACCGGACGACCUGACGCCAGAGGAGAAGCAGGAGCUGGAGAACAUUAGGAGACGUAAACAGGAGCUGCUGGAGGACAUACAGCGGCUCAAGGAUGAGAUAACAAAGGUGACCAAUGAGAUCGAAUGUCUUGGCUCCACUCAAGAAAG